GCGUAGGCGGGACUUCCUCUCCAGACAAGUUCCGGCGGAAUCCGGAAGUCGGAGCUUUUCCCUUCCUUGCCGGGUAGUUUGUUCGUUUUUUGGCUUGGGUUUUCUUGGUUUGCUUGGGGAGGCGCCCGUGGGCUGCCUGCUCCAGCCAUGGCGGGGGCCGCCCUGACCACGGCCUUCGGGCAGGCUGUGAUCGGGCCCCCGGGCUCGGGGAAGACCACGUACUGCCUGGGCAUGAGUGAGUUCCUGCGCGCGCUGGGGCGGCGCGUGGCGGUGGUGAACCUGGACCCCGCUAACGAAGGGCUACCUUACGAGUGUGCGGUGGACGUGGGCGAGCUGGUGGGUCUGGGCGACGUGAUGGACGCGCUGCGUCUGGGGCCCAACGGUGGCCUGCUUUACUGCAUGGAGUACCUGGAAGCCAACCUGGACUGGCUGCGCGCCAAGCUGGAGCCCCUGCGAGGCCACUACUUUCUCUUCGACUGCCCCGGCCAGGUGGAGCUCUGCACGCACCACACCGCCCUACGCAGCAUCUUCUCCCAGAUGGCUCAGUGGGACCUCAGGCUGACUGCUGUCCACCUUGUGGAUUCUCACUACUGUACAGACCCAGCCAAGUUCAUCUCAGUGCUGUGUACCUCGCUGGCCACCAUGCUGCAUGUGGAACUUCCCCACGUCAACCUCCUCUCCAAGAUGGACCUUAUUGAGCACUACGGGAAGCUGGCCUUCAACCUGGACUACUACACUGAGGUCCUGGACCUCUCCUACCUGCUUGAUCACCUGGCGUCUGACCCUUUCUUCAGUCACUACCGACAGCUCAAUGAGAAGCUAGUGCAGCUUGUCGAGGACUACAGCCUGGUCUCCUUCAUCCCUCUGAACAUCCAGGACAAGGACAGCAUCCGGCGAGUCUUACAGGCUGUGGAUAAAGCCAAUGGCUACUGUUUUGGGGUUCAAGAGCAGCGAAGCCUGGAAGCCAUGAUGUCUGCUGCAAUGGGAGCUGAUUUUCAUUUCUCCUCCACUCUGGGUAUCCAGGAGAAGUACUUAGCAUCCUCAGACCAGACCACAGCGCAGGAGGCCAUGCAGCUGUAACACGUGGGGCCUGGACAGCCAUGGACAGCUCAGCAGGGUUGGACCCAAAAACCCUGUCCAUGGGAGGAAGCCUCGUCCCUGCAGAGGACUUCUGAAUAGGAAGCCACAGAGGCGCCCUUUGUGGUGCCCACGAGCUCGGGGCCCCAGGAGAUGGGGACAGACCUGGGCUGCAGUGGAUGGGUGUGCUGUGAUACGAGAUUAUUUUCUACUUUUUUGUGACCUUAUUUUCUUCAAGCCUCUGGACCCAGGGAUUUGGAGAACAAAGAAAUGUCUUUGUCCCUCC